CCAAACGAGUCUCACAUAAAAGGCUGUGUGUUCCUCUGUAACCUUCUAACAAAGCGCCCGGGCGUCUGAAACAGUUUUAUUGGUAACAUUUAAAAUGUAACAUGUUAUUCUGUGUAACAGAGAGCGUGUGUACGUGAGAGCGCGGUUUACUUUCGGACCUGCGACUACAGAAUGAGUUCUCCUGUCAACAGGUAAUCCGGACGGUCCGGGACUUGGCGUUGGCUGUCUCACACUGGCCUUUCAGAGAGUGUGUGCUGCAGAUGUGUGGGAGGAUUUGGAUAUCUGGAGCAAAAAGUAAAUAAAUAAACAAAUAAGUAAAAGAAGAAGAUGAGAAAUCGGACAACUAACUUUUCUCCAUGAGUGAAGUUACAGCGCGGGAGUUGAUGCGGUAGGGCGAAGACACGAUGAUGCGCUCUGAUCUCGUGCUUGAUGACUGGACCUGAGCUCUGAUGGUCAGCCUUUAGGAGUUACGCGGAAAGGUCGCAGAGGUCUGUGUGUGUGUGUGUGUGUGUGUGUUUGCGCAUUUUGAUGAAGGUGCAGGUGAGGAAGAGAUGGCCUCCCAAAUGGUAUGCGGACUCAUCUUCAGACUGCUCCUGCCGGUCUGCCUCGCUGCAGCAUGUCUGUUCCGGUACAACGUGCUGUCUUUCGUCUACCUCAUCUACCUCCUGCUCAUCCCACUGUUUGCAGAGCCGACAAAGGCAACAAUGCAAGGCCACACAGGACGCUUGCUGAAAUCUUUGUGCUUCACCAGUUUGACCUUCUUGCUGCUGCACAUCAUUUAUCAGAUCGUCAUCAACAGCCUGCUCGCAGGAGACAACAUCGAGCCCAACUUCAACUGUUCAUCAUGGGAGAAAUCAAUAAGACAGCUGGGCUUUGAAAGUGUCCGCGGAGCAGAUGCAGGAAAUGGCAUCCGUGUUUUCAUCCCAGAUAUCGGCAUGUUCAUUGCUGGUCUGGUUACAUGGUUCCUGUGUCGCAGCCUGGAAAAACCUCCAGGGAAAGACAUCUUACAGCAUAACACUGACUUUGACAUUGGGAACCAGGAGCAGGAUGACGAAGAAGAGGAAGAAGAGGACGAGGAAGAGGAGGAGGAAGAGGAGGAGGUGGAGAAAAACAAAAAGUUCGAGCUGGAGCCGGAGUUGCACAUGGAGGAAGACUUAGAUUUGGAAGAUGAAGACUGUGAACCACUUGAUGAGGAGUUUGAAGCAGGGCAAGAAGAGCUGGAAGGGUUAGAGCUUGAGGAAGAGGAGGAGGAAAGCACCAAGAUGAAGAUCCUGCGGCAGAUCGCGGAAGUGGCAUCCAGACUAAAAGAAGUCAUUGGAAAUCUGAUUGCGACUGCAGGGAAAGUAGUUGUAACCAUAUUACUGGGCCUUACAGGCAUCAUGUUGCCCUCCCUCACCUCUUCCGUGUACUUCUUUACCUUUCUGGGCUUGUGCACGUGGUGGUCUUUCUGCCGCUCGUUCGACUCUCUGCUAUUUAGCUGCCUUUGCGUGCUGAUGGCGAUCUUCAGCGCGGGACAUCUCAUCAUCCUCUACCUCUACCAGUUGCAGUUCUUCCAGGAAGUCGUUCCUCCUGGAGAUCGUUAUGCCAGUCUGUUUGGCAUUUCUCCGGUGGUGCUGAGUGACUGCUCCCACACCUGGAUGUUUAAGGUGAACCCUGAGCUCGGCUGGCACCACUAUGUCAAUCCCAUCAUGCUCCUGGUGCUGUACUACACCCUGGCCACCCUCAUCCGCCUGUGGCUGCAAGAGCCAGUGGACACGCAGGUAAAAGAGAAAGAGGAGGAGGUUAAAGUAGCAGAGGAGAUUGAAGAGCAGACUCCUGCAAGCACUCAGCUUGACCAGACAGCAGAGAAAAAAAGACAGAUGUGGAGGAUGGCACGCUAUCUUCCAGAUGAGAGAAAGGUAUUGAUUGUGACAUCCAACGGAGGCCCAGUGGAUCUGAUGACUGUGCCACGGGAGAACAGACCGGUUUCUGCAGAACUCUACUCGACCCCAAAAUACAAAAGCCAGCAUGAGUCGGGCGAAGAGAGAAUGGACCCCAGUGUGUUUGAGAUCAGCCCUGUGCUCUCAGGAGUCCCAGGUUCACCUGAGAGGAUCAUCAGAGUGAACGCAGUGGUCAAGAUCUUUCGCUUUGUUAUGAAGCAGAGCUACAUCUGCGCCCUCAUCGCCAUGAUGGCAUGGAGUAUCACGUACGUGAGCUGGCUGACCUUUGUAUUCCUCAUCUGGUCAUGCACCUUGUGGAUGGUACGAGACAGGAGGAAGUACGCUAUGAUCACGUCUCCCUUUAUGGUGUUUUAUGGGGACCUGCUCAUUGUGCUGCAGUACAUCUGGAGCUUCCAGACGCUGCAGCCUGUGCCGGGCCUUUUCCUCAAGAAGGAGGUGCCUUUUAGGGAACUGGGUUCAAAGAUCCUGUGUCUCCUUAGUUUUUGGCUCCUGCUAAGACAAGCUUUGACAGAAAGGAGAGAGAGAAAGAGAGAUGCGACCCAGCUGUCUGAUAUCAGGGUUGAGAGCAGCUCACAAGAAAAAUAUAUGGAUGGGGAGGUUGGGGGACAGAGAGAGAUGAUGGAUGUGUUGGGCAGUACUCUCAUGGCCAUGUUGAAUAAAUACUGGAUCUACAUCUGUGGAGGAAUGUUUUUUUUCGUAAGCUUCGAGGGACGCAUCGUCAUGUACAAGAUCAUCUACAUGAUGAUGUUCCUCUUCUGUGUAGCACUCUAUCAGCUGAACUAUGAGAGGUGGAGAUGGAUGCUGAAGUAUUUCUGGAUGUCAGUGGUGGUGUACACCAUGCUGGUGCUCAUCCUCAUCUAUACAUUUCAGUUCGAGUCCUCUUUACAUGUCUGGUCCAAUAUGACUGGCUUGAGCAAAGAGAAACUGGAAGAUCUAGGCCUAGAGAGGUUCUCUGUUCCAGCACUGUUCACACGAAUAUUCAUUCCCACCUCCUUCUUACUGGUGUGUAUCCUUCACCUGCACUACUUCCAUGAACGCUUCCUGCAUCUCACUGACAUCAAGGCAGUCGCCGACAAGCAAAAAAGCACAAUCUCCAGGCUUGUGCACCUUGAUGGCAGUUUGGCAGAUUUAUCCAUGAUAAAACCUGAGUUUAACUCCUCUGUAAAAGAUGAAGAGACUGAGAAAAAGGUAGAUCUUGACAAGGAUGCGGAUGACAUUAAGAUAAGAGAAGAAGAAAGUGAAGAGAUAUGCGAUGUAUACUGCAACACGACGGGUUUCUCUUGCCACAUACUAUCAGAACCAGAGCCUGAUCAGGGAGAUGAUCUGAAGAAUAAGUGGCACCUGGUGAUGGACCGGCUGACCGUACUGUUCCUCAAGUUUCUACAGUACGUCCAUCAGCUGCAGCUCUUUAUAUGGUGGCUUCUGGAGCUUCACAUCAUAAAGAUUGUGUCGUCUUACAUCAUCUGGGUUUCUGUCAAAGAGGUGUCCGUGUUUAAUUAUGUUUUCUUGGUGAGUUGGGCUUUCGCUUUGCCCUUCAGCCAGUUUCGCGCUCUAGCCUCCAGUGUGUGCACCGUUUGGACCUGCAUCAUUAUUGUCUGCAAAAUGCUCUACCAGCUUACCUCCAUCCAGCCUGUCACAUACUCCAAAAACUGCUCCAUGCCGGAUAACUAUACAGAUGUCCAAAGGUUGGACAUGGCUAAGUCUCUUCUUUAUAGCAGCCCAGUAGACCCUGCCAAUUGGGUCGGCCUCAAGAAGUUCUCACCAUUACUGGAGAAUUUAAGGAAUAACCUGUUGAUGUUGGCCCUACUGGCAUUUGAGGUAACUGUCUACCGGCACCAAGAUUUUCACCGUAUGAGAAACAACCUGGCUGCUCCAGUCACCAGAACGAUUUUCCACAACAUCACACGCCAACACCUGGAUGAUGGCAUCAUUAGUUGUGCCAAGUACUUUAUCAACUACUUCUUCUACAAAUUUGGCCUAGAGACCUGCUUCCUGUUAGCAGUGAAUGUCAUCGGUCAGCGAAUGGAUUUUUGUGCAAUGCUGCAUGCGUUCGGGUUGGUUGCAGUGCUGUACCAGCGCAGGAGGAAGGCCAUCGCUGGGGUCUGGCCCAAAUACUGCUGUUUCCUGGCCUGCAUGCUUACCUACCAGUACCUCAUAUGCAUUGGCAUCCCACCAGCAGCCUGCUCAGACUAUCCGUGGCGACGUCCCUCAUCGAGCAUGGAUUCCAACGUGGUUAAAUGGCUCUACCUUCCUGACUUCCACACCAGACCCAACCCUCUCUUCCUACUCUAUGAUUUCAUGUUGCUGCUGUGUGCGUCGCUGCAGAGACAUGUGUUUGAGGAGGAAAAUGAUCCUGCAGUGCGACUCCUGGCUGGCAGUAAUGUGGAGAUCUGCAGAGAUUUGGACGCCGCCACUUUCAGUCAACAUAACCCUGUCCCUGAUUUCAUCCACUGCAGAUCGUAUCUUGAUAUGCUGAAGGUGAUCAUGUUCAGCUACCUGUUCUGGUUCGUCCUUACCAUCAUCUUCAUUACUGGGACCACACGCAUCAGCAUCUUCUGCAUGGGUUACCUGGUAGCUUGUUUCUACUUUUUGCUCUUUGGUGGAGAGCUGUUGCUCAAGCCUAUUAAAAUCAUUCUGCGGUACUGGGAUUUCCUUAUCGCGUACAACGUGUUUGUCAUCACCAUGAAGAACAUCCUGUCUAUAGCUGCCUGUGGAUAUAUUAAAGCCUUGGUGGUCAAUCACUGUUGGCUCAUCCAGCUGUUCAGUCUGGCCUGCACUAUAAAGGGCUAUUCACGACCGGAGCAGCAGGCUAAUAAACAGUGUGAACUGCCCAGUGAUGAAGCAGGUAUUAUCUGGGACAGCAUCUGUUUUGCCUCCCUGUUGCUGCAGAGACGGGUUUUCAUGAGCUACUACUUCCUGCAUGUGGUGGCCGAUAUCCGCUCUUCACAGGUUCUGGCCUCCAGAGGAGCUGAGUUAUUCCAGGCCACGAUCGUGAAAGCAGUGAAAGCACGACUUGAAGAGGAGAAAAAAUCCAUGGACCUGCUAAAACGACAGAUGGACCGCAUUAAGAGCCGGCAGCAAAAAUUUAAGAGGGGAAAGGAGAGGAUGUUGAGCUUGGCACAGGAGAGUGGCGAGAGUCAAUCACUGUCCAGAGAAGAAGUGGAAGAUGACGGAGAGACGAGUAAAGAGAUGAGAAAAGGGAAGAGGAAGCAAUGGUGGAGACCUUGGGUUGAUCAUGCCUCCAUGGUGAGAAGCGGGAAUUAUUAUUUGUUUGAGACGGACAGUGAAGAGGAAGAGGAAGAUGAGGAGAAAAAGGAAGAAGAACCACCUAAGAAAUCUGCAUUUCAAUUUGUGUAUCAUGCAUGGAUUACUGACUCCAAAACAGCCAUGAAGGAACGCAGCAAAGAGAGGCGGCGUUUCUGGCAGAGACACACAGAGGGACGCAAAACCAAGAAGGAACAGCAGGAGGCAGCUCCUGUAACCAUUGAGGUAGGAGAUCAGGUGGAGGACACAGUUGAAGAAGAGAGAUCAGAUGGGCCAGACAACAUUCUGAAGCGUGUGUUUAACAUAGUGAAGUUUUCCUGGGUGCUCUUCCUGGCAAUGUUGGACAGUUUCACUGCCUGGCUCAACUCCAUGUGCCAGGAAUACAUUGACAUCUCCACUGUGCUGCGAACUGAACGCUGUAUGCUCACACGUGAGGUCAAAAAGGGAAACACUCCAUCACGGGGGAUCAUUCACAUGUAUUACCAGCAGCAGUUGUGCAGACCUUCGUCCUCUGAGACGGUUCUGGAAGGAGCUGAGAGAUUGCAUGUUAAGCGUGAUCUUGUCCCAGGACAGUAUCAGGACACAGAGGACGAGAGUGUGAACUUUGGUCCCAGUAAAGACAAUCUGACAAGUGUAUACACCGCGUCCAUGAUGGGGGCCAGUGAAACCGAAGAUGACCACGUGCUCAGGACGAGUGAGAGACAUCGACCCAAACUGUGUCGUGUGCAGGGAGUUGAACUCUCCUCCUCCUCAUCAUCUGCAGAGAGUUCAGCCAGUACUGCAGUCAGUGAAAACACACAGUGCACAGCUUCCUGCUCUCGCCAAGGCACGGGUGAUACCAUUGAGGAGCAAUGCGAUGCUAUAGAAAGCCCUCACAGUGCUCCUGGCUGGACGACCACAGAGCUGCCGGAGCCUUCAUCUAUCCGGCGGUCUAGCAGUGAAGGGCAGACUCUCAAAGGAGCUUUAGCAUCAGAGUGGGACACUGCAUUAGCAUCUGAGCAGACUACAUGGCCACAGCUCAGUAGGUUCCCUUCUGAGGCAGAUAUUCCUCCUUCCUACAGCAAGGCCACAGGUCUGGACACUCUGUGUGAGUCAGCAGCUCAUGCUGAAGCGAAAAAGCUCAAGAUACAUGCACCAGACAGCAGCACGCUUCCUUCACUGAGCCACGAGCUCACAGCCAGCGAACUGCUGCGCAACAGAAUGUUCUAUGAUGAAGAGCUGGAGGAAUCUGAGCGCUUCUACAGCUCCCAGCCACAGAUCCUACAGCUGUGUUAUGCUCUAUAUAACAUGCUGGUGGGCCACUCCGAGAUGGUGUGCUACCUCGUCAUUAUCCUUAAUCACAUGGUCUCAGCCUCGGUGGCCACGCUGGUGUUGCCCAUCCUCAUCUUCCUGUGGGCCAUGCUGUCUGUACCCCGGCCCAGCAAGCGCUUCUGGAUGACUGCCAUAGUCUACACAGAGGUAACCAUAGUGAUAAAAUACUUUUUCCAGUUUGGUUUCUUCCCCUUCAAUCAGAACAUAGAGCUGGACAAGUCCAAACCGUUUCACCCUCCGAACAUAAUAGGAGUAGAGAAGAAAGAGGGAUAUGUACAUUAUGACCUAGUCCAGCUGUUGGCACUCUUUUUCCAUCGCUCAAUUCUUAAGUGCCAUGGUCUCUGGGAUGAGGACGACACUAGAUCAAAAGCUAAAAAGACGCUGUACCAUCACUCAGACUCGGACAGCGCAGAGAAACCUCCAGGCCGAAGGAAAAGGAGUUCACUGACCCGCAGCACAUUAACAGAGACUACACAUGUCCGCAUGCAGAGAAAACUCUCCAAUGUACCCUCCACCAUGCGUCGCCACAGUUCAAGUGCAGGAUCGCACAUUUCCCACAGAUCAACGCGUUCCGGAGGAGGCAGUUCAAUCUCAAGGUCGAGUGUGUCUCGAGCAGGCAGUGUAUUAGGGGUUCAGCAGAAGAGUCGCAAGGAGCUCAUUUUGGAGAAAGUCCGGGAGCAAAUCAUCAAAGCCAAGAAAUUCACAGUUAAAAUAGCCCUGGAUAUCUUCAUUCCAAUUCGGCAGUUUUUCUACAACCUGAUCCACCCAGAAUACAGCGCAGUGACUGACGUCUACGUGCUCAUGUUUCUGGCUGAUACUGUAGACUUCAUUAUCAUCGUUUUCGGAUUCUGGGCUUUUGGGAAACAUUCUGCGGCUGCAGACAUCACAUCGUCUCUGUCGGAGGAUCAGGUCCCCGAAGCAUUCCUCGUCAUGGUCCUCAUCCAGUUUGCGACUAUGGUGGUGGACCGAGCGCUCUACCUGAGGAAGACUGUUAUGGGGAAGGUCAUAUUUCAGGUCAUACUAGUGUUCGGUAUCCACUUCUGGAUGUUCUUCAUUCUCCCAGGAGUCACUGAAAGGCGUUUCAGUCAGAACAUGGUGGCCCAGCUCUGGUACUUUGUUAAGUGUAUCUACUUUGGUCUAUCAGCCUACCAGAUCCGCUGUGGCUACCCUACACGUGUCCUGGGAAACUUCUUGACCAAAAGUUAUAAUUAUGUCAACCUUUUUCUCUUCCAGGGGUUCCGAUUGGUUCCGUUCCUGACUGAGCUGCGUGCCGUGAUGGACUGGGUUUGGACAGACACGACUCUGAGUCUCUCAAGCUGGAUCUGUGUGGAGGAUAUUUACGCACACAUCUUUGUGCUCAAGUGCUGGAGGGAAUCUGAAAAAAGGUAUCCUCAGCCACGUGGGCAAAAGAAGAAGAAGGUGGUUAAGUAUGGGAUGGGUGGUAUGAUCGUCAUGUUGCUCAUCUGCAUCGUCUGGUUCCCGCUCCUCUUCAUGUCUCUGGUCAAAUCCGUGGCCGGUGUCGUCAACAAACCCCUGGACGUUUCUGUCACCAUCACACUGGGAGGAUUUCAGCCAAUCUUCACAAUGAGUGCUCAGCAAAACCAACUGAAGGACAUCACCGAGGCAGAAUUUCUAGAUUUUAUGAAUUCCUACAACUACAUUCCUAGUGCGAUGCAGUUUUUGGAGGCAUACACUGCAGAGGAUGUGACAAUAGCUGAGUUAGAGGGAAGUUCUAACUCUCUGUGGACCAUCAGCCCACCUAGCAGGAAGAGCCUGAUGGAAGUACUGAGCAAAGAGGACCAGUUUCCUGUCACCAUGUCCUGGACUGUACAGAGGAAUCUCAGUCUUGGGGCUAAAGCUGAAAUUGCCAUGGACAAGCAUGUUACAUAUCUGGAUAUAAAUACAAGACAGGAGUUAAUAGACCUGCUGAAUGGAACGAGGAACAAAGCUUUAGUUAUAAAACAAGUCUUCCCCUGUUUCAUCCGAGCACCCAGCGACUCAAAUGCAAAACCUAUAGAACAGCUUUAUAAAGAAGGUGACUAUAAGGACAUCCUGCUGGACCUGGAGCGCAACAAUAACAGCAGUGGUGAGAUUCAGGAGUGGUGGAUCGUGGAUCAACCAUCUGCAGACAAGCUCAACAUCAGAGCUGGAGCGAAGGCAGAGAGGAAGGGAGAGGCUGGACUGCAGCUUUAUGUCUUCAAUGAUAAAGUUAGUCCUCCCAGUCUGGGCUUCCUCGCUGGCUAUGGGAUUAUGGGUCUGUAUGCCUCUGUGGUGCUGGUCAUAGGCAAGUUUGUGCGCGAGUUCUUUAGCGGGAUCUCACACUCCAUCAUGUUUGAGGAGCUACCCUGUGUGGAUCGCAUCCUCAAACUUUGCACAGACAUCUUCCUGGUGCGAGAGACUGGAGAACUGGAGCUGGAGGAAGAUCUGUACGCCAAACUCAUAUUCCUUUACCGCUCGCCUGAGACUAUGAUUAAGUGGACGAGGGAAAAAAAUAAAUGACCCACACGAAUCCACAGGGAACAAGCAGAAACGGAGUGCAAGAUGAUGGACAUGCCGCUGAGGAGGAAGUGGCGUGUAUCCAGAUAACCGGUGUGCGCACACAAUGAUAAAAAAGAAUCUAAGUACGGAGUCUUCAAGAAUGUGACCCACAGGUUUAGCUACACUGAACCUAAACAGCCAGUGGACUUGGGGAAUAGAGCAGCUGCCAUAAACUUUAAUAAGCACGGAUGAGCUGUUUUCUAGCACCCCCUACCUGCUCAGAGAGAAAUGAAAUGGAUUGUGCAAUAUACUGUCCUGGUAGCUGUAAACACAAAAACUCCAGAGCAAGAAAAGAAAGACAGUGACUAAAAGACACUAGCCACUUUUGACUCAAGAGAAAACGAUGGGAAGUGCUUGAGUCCUUCAUUAAAAAAAAAAUAUUUAAAUGACAAACUGCCAAGAUUCAUUACCAGUGUUUGAGAGUGUGUGGGAAACCUGAUGAACAUGUCAGUUGUUUCAUCUCAUCAAAACAGUAUGUAGUUAGUUUUUCCAUAUAGAGCAACAAACAGCCACAGCAUCAAUAACUCUUCUGUCUUACAGUUUAAGAUGCCCAGUGUACAGAGGGGUGGGAUUGUGGUUAACUGACCUGAGCAUAAAGCACAUUUUGGAAA